AUGUUACAGAGAACCUCCUUGCGCUCGCUCACCUCUGCAUCUACUGCUCCUCGAUUACUCCGUCCUGCGCACCGUCAUGGCCAGCUGCUGUUGCGACCGACGAUCCAAGUCGCCACCACCCAGCCGGCGCUGAACAGGUCCUCACUUCAAGCUCGCUCCUUCUCACAUUCGGCCCCUCCUCGAGCCCCAGCCCGACACCCACCGCCACCCGGCGGUAAUAACAACAACCACAACAACGCGAGCGGCGGCGGUGGUGGUUUCCCAAUCGGCAACAUUUUCAACAGUCAACCCAAGCGCGAACCGGGUGCCGCUCUGAAAGAACACGGCGUCGACUUGACCGAGCUCGCGCGCCAGGGGAAACUCGACCCCGUCAUUGCAAGAGACGACGAAGUACGACGCACGAUACAGAUCCUUUCCAGGCGUACCAAGAACAAUCCUGUCCUUGUUGGUGCAGCGGGGGUAGGCAAGACGGCCAUCAUUGAAUCUCUUGCGCAACGAUUGGUUGCGGGCGAGGUGCCCGAGUCACUCAAGGGGAAGAAAUUGAUCUCGAUCGACUUGGCGUCCAUCAUGAGUGGUACCGCCGUCAGGGGAUCGUUCGAAGGCAAGCUCAAAGAUCUUAUUGCCGAUAUCGAGGAUGCCAAGGGGCAGAUCAUCGUCUUCAUCGGUGAGUGGAGCACGCUUGCUCGAACUUUUCUUCCUUGAGCCCGACGCUAAUUACGCCAUGCCCCACAGACGAAAUUCACCAACUGCUUGGACUCGGCAAAGCCGAAGGCAGUCUCACGGGAAGUAACAUGCUCAAGCCCGCUCUCGCAAGGGGUCUCCAACUCGCCGGUGCAACGACGUGGAACGAAUUUCGCGAACUCGAAAAGGAUGCCGCGUUGCUGCGCCGCUUCCAAAAAGUGACGAUCGAAGAACCUUCGGCCGAACAAGCCAUCACCAUGUUGCGAGGUGGCAAGUCGCGCAUGGAAGUUCAUCAUGGCGUGAUCGUUUCUGAUGCGGCUAUCAUCGCCGCCGUCACCUACUCGCAACGCUACAUCACCGAUCGACAACUACCGGACAAGGCCAUUGAUCUGAUCGACGAAGCGGCGGCGGCGUUGCGCCUGGCGAGGGAAUCCAAACCGGAGCAACUCGAGGCACUCGAACAACACUUGACGACGUUGCAGAUCGAGUUGUCAAGCUUGGGCAAGGACCAAGACGAGGCUAGUCGAUCACGUCGUGAGGUCUUGGUCGACGAGAUCGCCCGGCUCAAGGACAAGGCGUCCAAGAUGGAGAAGGAGUGGAGGGACGAGAGGGAGCGAGGAGAGAGGAUCCGACAGGCAAAAGAAGAAUUGGAGAGGAAACGCUUCGAAUUGGAGGAAGCCGUUCGGACGGGGCAAUUCGACAAGGCGUCCGAGUUGAGGUAUUCGAUAAUCCCCAAGCUCGAAGCGCAGGUCCCCAAGGAUGGUCAAGAAGCCGCUGAAGCGGGUCAAGCGCGCGUCACUGCUUCUGACGUCGCUCGCGUCGUCGCCAAAGCAACGGGCAUCCCCGUCUCGGCCUUGAUGCGUGGUGACCGUGCUCGAUUGGUCGACCUCGAGUCGAUCCUACGCCAACGUGUCGUGGGCCAAGAGCCCGCUCUCCACGCCGUCGCCGAGGCCGUUCGACUCUCUCGUGCCGGUCUACACAACCCCAAUCGGCCCGUCGCCUCCUUCCUCUUCCUCGGUCCCACGGGCGUAGGCAAGACGGAACUUUCGAAAGCGCUCGCCGCAGAAUUGACGGGCACGGAUCGACUGAUCACCCUCAACAUGUCCGAAUACCACGACAAACACACCGCCGCACGAUUGAUCGGUGCACCCCCCGGUUUUGUAGGCUACGAAGACGGAGGCGAAUUGUCCGUCGUUCGUCGUCAUCCCCACUCGGUGAUCCUCUUCGACGAAUUUGAAAAGGCGCAUCCCUCCGUCGCCAACAUCCUCCUUCAAAUCCUCGACGAAGGCGCUUUGACGGAUUCGCAUGGUCGUAAACUCGACUUUAAGAACACGACCAUCAUCCUCACCUCCAACAUCGGCUCCGAUAUCCUCAUGCGACCCGAAUCCAUUUCACCCAAUGGUGAAGUGACCCCUGUAGCUCGAGACCUCGUUCUCGAACGCGUUCGUUCGCUCUACCCACCUGAACUCCUCAAUCGACUCGACGAACAAAUCGUCUUCAAUUCCCUCUCGCCCACUCAUGUCGCAUCCAUUAUCGACAUGCGCCUUUCCGAAAUCCAACAGAUGCUCAAUACCAACGAACGCAAGAUCCACUUAUCCAUCGACCCAGAGGCGAGGGACUGGUUGGCGAAAGAAGCGUAUCAACCUCGUUGGGGAGCCAGGGAGGUGAAUCGUUUGUUGAAUAAAGUGGUGAGACAGCAGUUGGCGUCGGCUAUUUUGAAAGGGACCAUUAGGGAUGGGGACACGGCGAGAUUUAGGAUCAGGGAAGAAGGGGGGACGACGUCGGUCGAGUUGAUGCCGGUGCAUGAGGAGGAGGUUUUCGGAGUUGGCAAGAGGGAGGACGAGGAAUUGAUGCGUGCGGAUGAGCUGGAAUAA